AUGACCACCGUUAAGGGUUUUUUAGACGAUCUGAUACCCGUAGAUAGUAGAAACAUUAACGCUGAUAAGGAAACGCUACAUUUGUUGGAAACGUUCAAAAAGUUGUCGGAUUACGCAGAGUCGAUGCACUCGGAAACGCUGUUCAACGUUCAACUUUUCUCGAAUGAGUUGGAAAUAAAAAAAUAUCAACAAGAAGACGGCACUAUCGAUAUAGAAACGAUGAUAGUGGAUAAACUCGUGGAACCCGAGUUUUGGAAAAUAGAUUCCAUCGCCGGACGUACGGUAAACGUAAACGGUCCGCCAACCAACUCUGUUCGGGCCACGCCGCCGAUCGCGUCGGUCUCGGGCAACGGCUCGGAAAACGCCGUAACGUUUGAGCCAAACGUCGCCGUACCGAAAACCGUCUAUACGGCGCCGACUAGCGGUUACGCUGACGAACCGGAACCUGGCUCGACAAGGGCGAACGUCGUUGGCGGUCAACACGACGACCGGAUCGAAAAAGAAAACGUGACCUACUACGACGAUGAUUUUGACAAUGUCGACGAAAUCGAAGACAUCGACGUAGACGAUUACAGAGACGAUGGGGGAGAUGAAAAUGUUUACGGCGAGUACGACGGCGGCGACGGUGGUGCGGAUACGAGCAACACGCCGUUCCGUGAUCGGUCGAAAACCUUCGACGGUGACUACGGCGACGACGGCGACUACAGCGAUGACGACGACAACACUUUAAACAGUGAAAUCGACGAAGGGUCGAACGAUAAGGUUUUUGCAGAAAAUAUCGAAGCGUCCGAUUUGCCGAAAAAUCUAAAAGUUUUCGUAGUCCAAAAAAUGAUGUACGCGAACAAGCCGAUAAAACAAUAUAUAAUCGCACAGUGUCAACACCUGUUGACGAUCAUCGAAAUGUUUGACCCGUCGUUAAAAUAUCUGGAUAAGAUAAACGACUUUUAUAAGAAACGAGUCAAUGGUAAAAAAGUCACAGACUCUGUGCGCAAAAAAUUCGAAAGCGCGAUACUCGAUCGUUUGGCUACCGAAAAAACUAAUUACCGACUUUUGUAUAACGCGUACAACUUUUUGAUGGAGUCCGAAAAAAACGUCACGCCGUCUAAAACCGUCAAAGAGCUUAUCGGCGCUGACGAGUACAGGCGUCACGAGAGACUACACGAGGAACUCGAUGCGUAUUAUAGAACUCUUUUCAACUCGUGUACGACGGUGCUUGAUGACGUGUCUGGUCCGUACGACGAGAAGGGUCGAGCGGAACUUUUCAAACGCAUAUUUCUUCAAGUUCAGAACAUGGAAGAAUUAGUCAAAUAUUUACCGAAAUAUUAUAAACGGCUUUUGAAUAAAUUGGAAAACUUGUCCAAAAUAAAAAUAGGUAAAACGGUGACGGCAAAAAUACCGGUAACCGAAAAACGAGGACGCGCCACGAAUCCGUCGCGGUCCGAAGACGCGACCGCGGUAAAGUCAGAACCCACGAAAACCGUAGACGGCGACAAGGACGUCGGGACAAACGACGAAGACGCGGCGCCGCCUUCCGACAUUGAUUUGACAAAACGAUUCACUACGGAAGCGGAGUUUAUGAAGUUGAUCGAAUACUGGCGAACGCACGUAGACGCUGAUUUUCAAUACGAAUUGGAUUUCGAAAGCAAGAACAGCAAAAACGAAGAAUCGUCGUUCGUAAACUUGGACGACGGUGUCGAUCCCAGAAUACUUUUAAACCGAUUCGAAUCCUACGUAUAG